AUGGCAGAUGCGAACGAAUACAUUGAGGAUGGCCGGAGGGUCGAAGGAGAGAGUGGCGUGAGCGCCACUAGGGAUACUAUUGCACAUGAACCUCCGCUAAACUCUACUUUCACUCGUCUAAGGGAGAAGAAUAACAGCAAUGAGGAGCCCACGGGUGAUAUUCAGCCAGACAACAAUGAAAGCGAUCCCAAAUCACAGCGUGGUAUCCGCUUCUGGUGCAUCAUAUUGGCUCUUUGCGUCUCUGGGAUCUUGUCGGCGCUCGAAGGAACCGUCGUGUCGACAGCAUUGCCCACAAUUGUGCACGAGCUGGGCGGAAGCGGACUUUACAUCUGGACAGUCAAUGGAUAUUUCUUGACGAGCAUGGUCUUCCAACCCCUUUAUGGACAGACAGCAAAUAUUUUCGGUAGACGUUGGCUUAUGAUCCUAGCUAUAACACUCUUCAUCGUCGGCAGCGCUAUUGGCGGCGCAUCGCAAAGUAUCUCGAUGCUCAUCGCCGGAAGGGUUGUGCAGGGCACUGGAGGUGGCGGGAUUACCGUCAUUAGUAACCUAAUUAUUAGCGAUAUUGUGCCCCUCCGAGAGCGAGGCGCUUUUAUGGCCAUUAUAUUCGGCACUAUUAUUGUCGGAACCGGUAUUGGACCUUUCGUUGGAGGUAUCAUCGUGCAGAAUAUUAGCUGGAGAUGGGUUUUCCUGAUCAACCUACCGAUCGGCGGACUCGCUUUACUUAUCGUGGUUGCCUUCCUCCAGGUCACCUACAGGAAGGAAGCGACCGCGAUGGCAAGGAUAAAGCGUAUCGACUUCCUUGGAAACACCAUUUUUAUAGCAUCUCUUGUCGCUAUACUUCUUGCCUUGACGUGGGCAGGCUCAACUUAUCCUUGGUCGUCUUGGCGGAUCCUUGUACCACUGCUGCUCGGGUUUGCUGGAAUUGGGAUAUUUUCUAUCUAUGAAUCCUCCAGGUUCUGUGUGGAGCCAACGAUGCCGCCACAUCUAUUCAUGAAUCGUACCAGCGUCGCGGCGUUUAUCCUCACUUUUAUUCAGACCGCCAUCCUGUACUGGGUUAUGUACUAUAUGCCAGUAUAUUUUCAAGGGGUCCGUGGAUCUUCGCCAUCUCGGUCUGGUAUCCAACUAUUCCCAACCGUGCUAGUUAUGAUUCCGUUUGCAGCAAUUGGUGGCAAGCUUCUCGCCAUCUUCGGAAAAUAUCGCCCUUUCCACUUUGUUGGCUUCUCACUAAUCGUGACUGGCCUGGGCUGCUUAACUCUUUUGCGUUCAGACUCGUCUACCGCAUCCUGGGUCUGCUUCCAGGCUAUCAUAGCAGCAGGGCUUGGUUUCGUGUCAAGCUCAACCCUUCCGGCGGUUCUAGCUCCGCUUGAAGAGCGGGAUGUUGCAACAGCAACAGGUACUUGGGGAUUCCUGCGCGGCUUUGCUGUCAUCUGGGGAGUUACAAUCCCUGGGGCUAUUUUUAACAAUCAAUUUGACCACCUCUCUUAUCGCGUUAGCGAUCCUGCGACGAGAAAUCUGUUGACUAGUGGCCAUGCUUACGAGCAUGCUACUAGCACUUUCGUUAACUCCUUGCCGGAUACCAUCAAAGGUGAAAUUAUCAGCGUCUAUUCAGACACACUCAAGCUGGUUUGGCAAGUGGCCAUUGGAGUUGCUGGGGUUGGGGUUUUGCUUGUGUUUAUGGAGAAGGAGAUCAAACUGCGGACUGGGCUCAAUACCGAGUUUGGAAUGAAGAGAGAGGUUAAGCCGCGUUCGUCGCCAGACGUUUGA